CUUGCGUCGUUUGCAGCUGGUGUUGUUUGCUUCCGUUCGGAGACCAUUCCCUACCCGUGAACCGCUUCCCCCCGGCGUCAGAUCUCCUUGUGUGCGAGAUGAACCGGAGAGCGGACGGCAGGUCAGGUCGCACCACAGAUCUAAAUUGAGUCGAUACGGAGAUGAUUGUCCGCCUGUGUCCUUGCUUGUAUCGUAGGAACGAGGAGGAGAGGGAGGAAAGGGAGAGGGAGGAGAGCAACGACGGUCGGGGAGCGGCAAUACUCGCCGGACUCCUUGGUGCAGGCGUGGCGCUUGCUACCGGCUAUUGGCUCGCCAGCGGACGAGAAAGGACGGAAACCGCGCCAAGGGGUGGCAUCAACCAGACGGUGAGCGCCAGAUCUGGAUUGUCCCUUCUCAGACUGUCUGAUCUCCCUUCUUGCCUCCCUGUGACGUAGGUCGAAGCUCCAUCACGUACGUCCGGAGGACACAGCCAGGUGAGGUCAACACGCCUUCUUGACCAGUAAGUGUCUGUUGUACCAUCUGCCGGCUUUGGUGACGAACCUGCCAGGUGGCACGACGGUCUGACACUCUCCGAUGCGCGUUGGUCGUCGACGGAGCGAACGUGAUCCACUGCCACGAAGGUGCAUCCCCGACUCGCUUCUCGUUUGAGGACUUCUUUCGCUACGGCAACGAGAUAAAACAGGCUUUUGGGUCACGACUGGGCAAGGAGAUCAUCUUCCGGAGAGACCACUCGGUCUUCGUCACUACGACCCCGGCAGGGUGGAGAGAGCGCCGCGACGAGAUGGGUGCACUGCACGAGAGUAUCGAGCGCAGCGGUGUUUCUGUAUUGGAGGUGGAGAUGAGGCAGGGGCAUGGCGGAAGGACUGUGCAGCAGGGCGCGGAUGUGGCCAUCGCGACGAAGCUAGUGGAGGCAGCUCGAGAGAGAGAUGUCGAUGCCGUGAUUCUCUUCUCUGGAGACGGUGAGAGAACAUUCUACGCCAGAGAAUGUAUAUUUGGCUGUCUGCAUUUGGACUCGGGUGCACUUCUCGCUUCGGGUCAGGUGACUUGGUUCACGCACUGUACUCCGUCCAACAGACGACGGACACGCGCAUCUUCGUGUGCGGAUUUCGCGGCACAGUCAGGUGAGAACAAGGGGGGGUCACUGUGCACACACGACGUCUCUGUGUCUUGUAUCUCUAAACUGGUAACUGCAGCAAUGCACUGAGACGCGGGCCGAUCGACCUCUUGCACUUCAUCGACGUUGAAUAAGUUGACGCCAUGUGCUGACAGUCGACUACCGCAUUGACGGCGACUGACGCCAUGGCGACAUCGCACUGUCAUUUCACUACUGUCAAUUGACUAGAUCUCUGUGUCUUAGUUUGUAAUACGUGCCGGUCGUUCCGUUGCUCUGUUGCACUUGCUGGUCACUGAUUGCGCGCUGCGUUGUGGCAGCGGUAGAUGAUGGAAGGAGCACUUCGUGUUAGGCUGCCUGUGCGCUUUCCCCUCGUGCAUGGCCCCUCGCAAAACUCCUGCCUGCGUGCUACUUUCUGAUGUCUUUGUGGACUCUCUGUGUUGAUGUUGAUGUUACAUGUGUGUCUGCGCUGUGUGUAUCGUGUUCGAAUGUGUGUGCCCAUGCCAGACCACCGCGUGUGUGCCUGUUGGAGACGACUCUGUGUGUGUGUGUCGUUUGUCCUCCUGGGGUGAGUGGAGGAGUGCUGGGUCGGCCGCACGCGCUGUGUGCAGAGAUGGACCCAAAUCCCCACCCCUUUGAUGGUGCAAUCUCCGUGUGAACGUUUUUUGAUGACAUUCGACUGAGCAGCUGCCUGAUGCACUUCACAUUGAUCGCCCGAUGGCCGAGAGUGGCGCAUCAGCAAGCAGCCCAAGCAACGGUGUCAGUGCCCAUUUAUGGGUCUCACAAGACAUCUGUAUCUCUGUCCCUAUGUCUGUCUUGUCUCGCAUACAGUAUGAUGCACGCACAAAUAGGCAGCAGCCAGAGAAAUACAGACACAG